AUGAGGUCGCUACUCACUUGCCUCGUCACUGUCUGCGUGGCAGCGGCGUGUGUCCGCGGGGACCGGUACCACCCCGCGGACCCUGGCAGCCGAGCUGCUGCCACCGUUGUGAAUCGUGCCGAGACCUCUGCCAACUAUUGGGCCCAAGAAGCGCAGGCAGCUAUCAAAGCCCGGCUGGAGCACAAAGAGAGCGUCAAGAAAGCACGCAACGUGGUCAUGUUCCUGGGCGACGGCAUGUCCGUGCCCACACUCGCGGCCGCGAGGACACUGCUCGGCCAGCGGCGUGGAGAAACCGGCGAGGAAGCCAAAAUGAAUUUCGAAAAAUUUCCCACUGUUGGUUUGGCUAAGACAUACUGCGUGAACGCGCAAGUGCCCGACUCCGCGUGUACUGCCACUGCUUACUUGUGUGGGGUUAAGACGAACAGCGGCGUCAUCGGAUUGAAUGCGGAGGUGGUGCGCGGUGACUGCGAGGCGUCUACUGAUGCCAGCCGACACGUCAAGUCCAUCGCCGAGUGGGCGCUGGAUGACGGCCGGGACGUCGGAAUAGUGACUACGACUCGCGUCACCCACGCCUCGCCAGCCGGUGUAUUUGCCAAAGUCGCGAAUCGCUCCUGGGAGUUCGACCACAGUGUGGUGCUGGCUGGCUUCGACCCCGAUCGCUGUCCCGACAUUGCGUAUCAGCUGGUGCACAAACACCCAGGCAACAAGUUCAAGGUAAUUCUUGGCGGAGGACGUCGUAAUUUUGUACCAGAUAAUGUACUCGACGACGAGGAGAGGUAUGGCAGACGGACAGACAAUCGCCAUUUGAUCAAUGAAUGGAAUAAGGAUAAGGAAGAUCGGGGAGUCAGCCACAAAUAUGUUUGGAAUCGCGAGCAGCUAAUGAGUCUCAAAGAAGAUCUACCUGAGUACAUUUUAGGUUUAUUUCAUAGAACUCACAUGCGAUAUCAUAUGCAAUCCAACCCUACCAGAGACCCUACUCUGGCCGAAAUGACUGAGAUAGCAAUCCGAUCUCUAAGCAGAAAUGAGAAAGGAUUCUUUCUAUUCGUGGAAGGCGGCCGCAUCGACCACGGGCACCACGACAACUUCGCAGAGCUAGCGCUGGAUGAGACGCUGGAGAUGGACAAGGCCGUGGCGCGCGCCGCCGAGCUGCUCUCAGAGGACGACUCGCUCAUUGUGGUCACAGCGGACCACGCACACGUCAUGGCUUUCAAUGGGUACUCGAGACGGGGACAUGACAUCCUCGGUCCUUCCAGAGACUUGGACGAAGACGGAGUGCCUUACAUGACGCUGUCUUACACUAACGGUCCCGGCUUCCGGGCGCAUGUGGACGGCAAACGCCCUAAUGUCACCGCCGAGUCAAAUUACAGAGAUUUAGAGUGGCAGGCCCACGUAGACGUACCACUGGACUCGGAGACGCACGGUGGGGACGACGUGGCGGUGUUUGCGCGCGGGCCGCACCACUCCAUGUUCACGGGGCUGUACGAGCAGAGCCAGCUGCCGCACCUCAUGGCGUACGCCGCCUGCAUCGGCCCCGGCAGACACGCCUGCAGCGGCGCCACGCACGUGCUGGGCCAGCCUGUCCUGCUCCUCGCUCUCUUUAUAUUGCUUACUUCACAAUCCCAAGAAAGAUAUAUUUAGUAAUAUAAAUCCCUUUACAGACUUUAAGGGUUAUUAUAUAAACAAGAACGAAAGUAAGGUGAUUUUGGAUGUUAUUGAUUCUGGCAAUCCAAAUUAUUUCAAGUUACUAUGUUCCGACAGCCUUGUAUCAGAACAAUGUUAUUAUGAAAGAACUACUUUAGAAAGUUCUUCAGGGAUUUGAGAAUUACCUAACACCUAUACGAAGCAGAAGCAUGCCACUAGUUUGAAUAUAUUUACAUAUUAUAUAUGCAUGGCAUAGAUAGAUCUGUACUAUUUGAUUGUAUUCGUCCGUUGUAUUGUCUAAAUAGGUUAUGGUAAUUGUGUUAUUAGGACUCUUUCUAAAUGUGAUAAUUUUAUUUACAUUUUUAUUGGAAUGCUUCUAUUUACCUUAAUGCGGGUGCAGAUUAUCGUAUUUUUGACUUAGGUAUAAGUUCAAAUAAAUAUAUUUUUU